ACAAUAUUUGCACAUCAGAGCUCUGCAAACUUUAUGACGAAUUCUUCCAUAAGCAUUUAACGCCAAGAUUACCCGCUCUUGCGAUCGUCUGCUGAUUUAUAGUAGCUACCCGGUCAGCUUAAAACUGAGCGAGAAAGUAUGGGGACACAUGGAUUCUUCCGUUUCAUUGCCUCCGCAAAAUUUAAAUUCCGCCAUAAGCGAUUUCGAAAACCGUUAAAGGUUAUGCUCUUCGCUUUAAUGUUCUGUUCAAUCUGCUUUUAUAUCUUCAAUACGUUGCACCAUUCACAAACGUAUGACGCUGUCCAUGUCACGGUAAAAAAUGAUACAAAGACUACUACAAACGGCACACCACGCCGUUUCACCGGCGCUAUGGGUGCUCUGAAUAUUCACGUAUGGCGAGAGGUUUGUGGCUCAAGCAUCCAAAAUCUCCGUCAAUAUUUGCUUUUUCCGCAUUAUCCUGACGAAAUGUUCAUGAAGCUCAAUAUGCUUAAGUUUCAAAUUAUCGACAACACCAUCGAUUAUGGCCAACGGAUUUUUGGCUUCCUCCAUCCUCCUCACAGCGAUGAGUACAACUUCGCCAUAGCCUCUGAUGACGAGUCAGAGUUAUGGCUCAGUCCUAGCGACGAUCCGAAGGAGAAACAGUUAAUUGCGCGUGUUUUUAAAGAAGGAGUAAGUGCGUGGACGAAAAAGGAUGAACUUCGUAAAUAUCCCGGACAAAUCUCAGAACAUCUAAUGCUCUCUGGAGACAGAAAAUACUACAUAGAAGUUGUGCAUAAGCAAGGAGUUGCUCUUGGCUUUGUACAAGUUUACUGGAAACGUCGCAGUGAUAACGAUUUCUACCUUAUCAGUUCGGAGUACUUAUCAUCCCAUGCAAACGGUGUUAUGAUUACCAAAGCAAAAGAUGUUUUGCAUAAUUUGCUUUCGGAGAGCUAUCGUCAAGAUCUUGAGCUGAAAUCUAAAUCAGCAGAUCAUAAACGCUUACAAUUUCAAUCACUUCCGUUGCUCCCAAAAGAUAGUUAUCUUCCCUUGUGUGAUUUCCAGUCUAACUCUUUGUCAAAUGGAGAGAAAGUGUAUCGUUAUCAAGGCCGCAAAGCGGUGCAGUUAUCCAGCGUCUACCCUGCUGAUGGUAGCAGUGCGUUGACUUAUAAAAAUUUGCGGAACUGGCCUAACAAAAUUGCUGACGGGGACAAAAUUCAAGCAGUCACGGAUGAGAUAAUUACGUCGUUAAACCAUAAAACCUCAAAGAAAUAUUUUCUGAAGAGAAUUCACAAGGUUUUAAACAUCCCAGAUCCAGUUCAUGGCGAUCUUUAUUCUGUAGAUCUUGAACUCGGUUUACAAGACGUCAGUCAAUCAUUUCGUUUAUCAGAGCAUGUGUUUGGUAAGGAUGCCAACCACAACUUGUGUUUUCCUCGAGGUAUUAGCUGGAACAAUAAAGCUAAGGUGUAUUUUAUUCUCCCUGUUAAGGAACAAGGAAGAUGGGUGUAUCAUUUUAUAAACGAAAUCACAAUAGCCAGCUCUUUAACGGGCGAUACGAACUUUCAUGUCAUUGUUGUUGACUUUGAAAGCGAGGAUAUUGACAUGAAGAAGGCAUUUAACACCACUCUUCUUCAUAACAGACACACGAUUAUUCCAUUAAAAGGGAAAUUUUACAAGACGCUGGCUUUGAACAAAGCUGUUGAGCAUAUUCCAAGUAUACAUGACGUUUUGUUUUUGUUUGAUCUCCAUAUCGACGUUCCCUUGGACAUAUUGGACAGCGUUCGUAAGAACACUGUAGAAGGACAUCUUGUUUACGCUCCCAUUGUAGGCCGGUUACAUUGUGGCAGUACGUAUGUAGAUCAUAAAGGUUAUUGGGAAAUGGAAGGAUUUGGCUUAAUGAGCAUUUAUAAAUCAGACUGGAUGAGGUUCGGAGGAAUGAACACCAAGGACUACAAUUACAAAUGGGGCGGAGAGGACUGGGACUUACUCGACCGUGUCAUCAAUGCUGAGUUAAAAGUUGUUCGAAUAAAGCACCCGGGUUUAUAUCAUCAUUAUCAUACAAAACACAAAUCUUGGAAUUAACAUACGCCGUGCAAGUGACUCCAACAU